AUGUCAUCAACAUCAACAAUUAAACAAGAAGAAGUAUUCUUUGUAAAUUGGAUAAAUAUUAAACUACUAGAAGAUUCAUUAAUUAACGCGACUCCAACAUCAACCGAGAAACCAGUAUUAAUUAACAAUUUAACAAGUGAUUUGCAACAUGGUUUAAUUUUAAUUAAAUUAAUAAAUAAGAUAAUUUAUGAUAUUACUUUAUCUAAUCCUUCAAAUGAAUUUGGUUUUUAUUAUCUUACUCCAAUAAACAAGAAUCCAACUUUAAAAUUACAAAAGUUUGAGAAUUUAAUUGAUUUUUUGAAAUUCUUAAAGAUUAUUUUACAGAUUAACAUUAUCGAUCUUAACGCUGAAGAUAUAUACGAUGGUAAUUUGAAAAGUAUACUAAACUUGAUAUGGAAUUUAUGGUUAUUUCAUAUAAAGUCGGUGCCACAAAUUAAAGAUUAUGCAGAUUUGAAAAGUAAUUUAUUGGAAUGGUUAAACGGCAGGACGAAUUUGGAUUUGAGGAAUUUUACAAAUGAUUGGAUAAUGCCAGAGAGAAUACUAACUAAAUUGGUUAACUCAUAUUAUAGAACAAGAGAUAGAUCAUUGUCGGAUUUAAUUGAAUUUAUAGAAUCUACAUUUGCAAUUCCUCAAUUGAUACAACCCCAAGAUUUCAAUAAUGAAAAGUGUUUAAUAGUUUAUCUAUUUGAAUUGUAUAAAGUAUUUGUGGUGGAAGAAAGUUAUAAAGAUUUAAUUGUUGACCAAACGUUCAAAGAUGUAGUAGAUUCAAUUAUAUACAUAUAUGAUUUGAAAAUAAAGUAUGAGAUAAAGGCAAAUAAGUUAUUAAAUGAACUACAAAAUUUGAUAAUACAACUAGAAGCAGAAGAGGACAAUUUGGAGAUUUAUAGAGAUUUCAAAUUGAAAGCCAAACCUGUGUUACUUUAUAAGUCAUAUCCGUCAUUAAUUCACAUUCAUGGUAUUAUCAAUUCAACUCUUGAUAACUUUGGAAUGUUUAAAUUUAAACCAAGUAUAGAUAUAAAUGAUAUAUCAAUUAAGUUGAAUGAGGUAAUGAACAUAGACCUAAAGCUUGAUGAAAAAUAUAAAUUAGAAGAAGAAGAAUUACAUUUGGAUGAAGACGAGGAAGAAGAGCCAAUAGACUUGCAGGUAUCCCCAAAUGAUUAUACAAUAUUCAAAUUAAAACUAAUAGAAUCAACAGAUGACUCGUUCCUAUCUGAUGUGAUAGACAAAGAUCAACUACAACAAUUUUUCAAAUUACUACCUAGUUAUAAUAAUCAUGAAGUUUCUGUUCCAUCGCCUAAUGAAUCAACAUUUGACUUAAUUUCUACAUCUUCAAGUUCAGAAGAUGAUACCAAUCAUAACAUAUUUGAUGAGUCUACAAUUAUAACUACAACCAGAUACAACUAUGUACAAUUUUUCGAAAGAUUAGAAAACGGAUUGAUAUAA